CUACCUUCUCAUACUUAUCCAAACUCAAGGGUGCAGGGCUAUAAGUACCCCCACUCGUUGGUCUUCUUCUUCAAGCGCAUCCAUACCUGCAAAAAAUACUAAUAUCUUCCGCGGAAGUAGUUCAUACAAGUCUGAUAAUGGCGGGCGUGCUUGAGCAAGGCCCAUGGGGAGGCAACGGCGGCAUAACCUGGGAUAUGGGACAGGCGGAUCACAUUAGCAACGUCAAAAUUCAUUACAUCGAUGCCGUAUUCGCGUUUGACUUCACCUUCACCGUCGACGGCGUGACUAAGACCAUCAAUGUCGGAGGCGAUGCACCCCAGUACAAUGAGAUUACUCUAGAGGACGACGAAUACUUCACUUUCAUCUCUGGAUAUUUCAAGACGAUGUGGACGACGGAUGUUUUCAUAACACAACUUACUCUUAAGACUAACAAGGGCAAUUCUGUGAGUGCCGGCAAUGCGAUUGGUAGUCAUUUCUCCCUAAAUCUAGAGGAUGAGGGUAAGAUUUUAGGUUUCUUCGGACGUGAAGGUUCUCCCAUCGAUGCCAUCGAGGCAAUCGGAGUUUACUGCACUAUCCCUAACCCUAACACCGAGUCCUGCAAUAAUAGCAUCUUCUGCCGCCAAGGGAGUGUGCGCGUCCAUUCAUUAUUCUCAGUUGCUGCUAAUAUGGGGAGAAUGGUGAAGGUGGGGCCAUGGGGUGGCAACGGAGGUGAUGCGUGGAAUAUGGGACAAGCCGACCACAUUACCAAACUUCGAAUCUAUUACGGAAAUAACAUUGUGGGGUUGGAGAUUACCUACAUUCUUAACGGUAAUCCCCACACCGGCAAAUAUGGAACCACCACCGGCCCAUCCGAGGAGAUCAUCCUCGAGGAGGACGAGUACUUCACUUCUAUCUCCGGAUAUUUUCAUGCAUUAUCCAAUUAUCAGGGACAUGCAAUUGUGAUGUUGCUUACUCUUGAGACUAACAAGGGUGCAUCCAUAAGUGUAGGCAACAAGAUUGGCAGUUCUUUCGCCCUUACUUUAGAGGAGGGGAGUAAGAUUCUGGGCUUCUUUGGGCGAGCUGGUACAGCCAUUGACGCUAUUGGAAUCCGCUGCUCAUUGCCAAACUAAGUGUAUGCACUGGCACUGGCUCAUGUUCCUAUCUAUCGAAUGGUGUAAUAAAUAAGCAACGAUAACUAUUUAUGGUGCUUGCCAUGAUUGUCAUCAUCGUUGUUAUCCUUCUCAAUCGGUGUUGCUUUGAAUAAAUAAUGAAAUGUUUUCGAAUCCA